UUUUGAGUCAGCUGAUCGUUGACGUCUGCUGCUGACUUCUGUGUUCGAGGUGAAAGCAAGCAACAUCGAGGGCACGACACCGAAUUUACUGAUUGAGAUCGAAGCUCAGUAAAGGGAAAUCAAAGCUGUGUAAAGGAAAUAACAGGCUCCAACAUGGCUCCAACAUUGUAUGAUAAGAAGCCGGAGCCAGGGGAUCUGAUAGAGAUAUUCAGAGGGAACUACCAGCACUGGGCUUUGUACGUUGGUGACGGUUUUGUUGUUCACCUGGCCCCACCCUCCGAGGGACCUGGGGCCAGGGCCAACAGCAUGAUGUCUGUGCUCAGUGACAAGGCUAAGGUGAAGAAGGAAGAGAUCUGGGAUGUGGUGGGGCAUGAUCAGUGGUGUGUAAACAACCAGCUGGAUGAGAAGUACCAGGUCAGACCCAUACGUGAGAUACUGAGGGAAGCCCAGGCCUAUGUGGACCAGGAGAUGCCCUACUGUGUCUUCAGGGGGAACUGUGAGCACUUUGUCACAGAGCUGAGAUAUGGGAAGGCUGAGUCUCGACAGGUUCGUCAGGCUGUGGGAAUGGCCACAAUGGUGGGCCUCGGAUUCCUUGCUGUUGCAGGUAUCGUGGCCAUCUUUGGAGGUGGAAGCAAGAAGAAGAAGAAUGAAGAAGAAGAAGAAUAUAAGUGACCAACUGUAUAAUAGCUUCCUGAGCAGCCAGUCACCAAUAAGCCUAAUAGAUUAAUUAUUUAACUCCAGUACUGCCAUCGUCAGUUGUAUAAUUCUGGGGAUUUCAGAAGGAAGGGUUGAGUAUUUCCAUAAUAUUUACAUUUUUUACAGUUACACAGACAUGAAUUGAAAGCACAAAAGGAGGAAACGUGUCUGGUUAUAAUUCCAAGGUAUACAGCCUUGGAGGGGCCAUAACCUUGCAGGCUGCUAGACUAAGCUAGCUGUUUUAAAAAAUGUUGUCAGUUACUUAUAAGCUAUGAAGUUUCCCUACUAUAGUUUUAACAUAUUUAUGUAGACUCUUUAUAAUAUAAGCUAUGAAGUUUCCCUACUAUAGUUUUAACAUAUUUAUGUAGACUCUUUAUAAUGGGAUAAAAUGGUAUUCCACUGAAGUUCUAAUAUUUCUAUCAUGAAGCAAAUUGUCUAUAGGACCCAGGGCUCUCGAGUGGCACAGCCGUCCACGGCACUGCAUCUCAGUGCUAGAUGCAGCACUACAAACCCUGGUUCGAUUCCAGGCUGUAUCAUAACCGGUGCACAAUUGGCCCAGCGUCGUUAGGGUUUGGCCAAAUAAGAAUUUGUUCUUAACUGACUUGCCUCGUUAAAUAAAAAUAAAUAAAAGGACCCACAGAACUACUCCUGGUUAGGGUUGAAGUGGAUACAUCUAAUGCUGCUUAUAUCGCUUUGUAAUGACUGACAGCAUUAUGAACAGGUGCAUCAAAGCUGGGACCGAGAAGCUGUUUUUCAGUCUCUAUCUCAAGUUCAUCAGACUGUUAAAUAGCCAUCAGUAGCACCUUAGAGGCUGCUGCCCUAUAAACGGUUGAAGUCGGAAGUUUACAUACACCUUAGCCAAAUACAUUUAAACUCAGUUUUCCACAAUUCCUGACAUUUAAUCCAAGUAAACAAUUCCCUGUCUUAGGUCAGUUAGGAUCACCACUUUAUUUUAAGAAUGUGAAAUGUCAGAAUAAUAGUAGAGAUUUAUUUCAGCUUUUAUUUCUUUCAUCACACUCCCAGUGAGCCAGAAGUUUACAUACACUCAAUUAGUAUUUGGCAGCAUUGCCUUUAAAUUGUUUAACUUGGGUCAACUUCCACAAGCUUCCCACAAUAAGUUGGGUGAAUUUUGGCCCAUUCCUCCUGACAGAGCUGGUGUAACUGAGUCAGGUUUGUAGGCCUCCUUGCUCGCACAUGUGUUCCUUGCUCAUGAUGCCAUCUAUUUUGUGAAGUGCACCAGUCCCUCCUGCAGCAAAGCACCCCCACAGCAUGAUGCUGCCACCCCCGUGCUUCACGGUAGGGAUGGUGUUCUUCGGCUUGCAAGCUUCCCCGUUUUUCCUCCAACCAUAAUGAUGGUCAUUAUGGCCAAACAGUUCUAUUUUUGUUUCAUCAGACCAGAGGACAUUUCUCCAAAAAGUACGUUCUUUGUCCCCAUGUGCAGUUGCAAACCGUAGUCCGGCUUUUUUAUGCCGGUUUCGGAGCAGUGGCUUCUUGCUGAGCGGCCUUUCAGGUUAUGUCGAUAUAGGACUCGUUUUACUGUGGAUAUAAAUACUUUUGUACCUGUUUCCUCCAGGAUCUUCACAAGGUCCUUUGCUGUUGUUCUGGGAAUGAUUUGCACUUUUCGCACUAAAGUACGUUAAUUUCUAGCAGACUGGACGCUUCUCCUUCCUGAGCAGUAUGACGGCUGCAUGGUCCCAUGGUGUUUAUACUUGCGUACUAUUGUUUGUACAGAUGAACGUCAUACCUUCAGGUGUUUGGAAAUUGUUCCCAAGGAUGAACCAGACUUGUGGAGCUCUAGAAUUUUUUUUCUGCAGUCUUGGUUGAUUUCUUUUGAUUGUCCCAUAAUGUCAAGCAAAGAGGCACUGAGUUUGAAGGUAGGCCUUGAAAUACAUCCACAGGUACACCUCCAAUUGACUCAAAUGAUGUCAAUUAGCGUAUCAGAAGCUUCUAAAGCCAUGACAUCAUUUUAUUAAAUUUUCCAAGCUGUUUAAAAGCACAGUCAACUUAGUGUAUGUAAACUUCUGACCCACUGGAAUUGUGAUACAGUCAAUUAUAAGUGAAAUAAUCUCUGUAAACAAUUGUUGGAAAAAUUACUUGUGUCAUGCACAAAGUAGAUGUCCUAACCGUCUUGCCAAAACUAUAGUUUGUUAACAAAUCUGUGGAGUGGUUGAAAAACGAGUUUUAAUGACUCCAAUCUGAGUGUAGGUAAACUUCCUACUUCAACUGUACAUAGACUUUAAAUCACUGUCCACUUUAAUAAUGGAACACUGGUCACUUUAAUAAUGUAACAUAUUUUGCUUUACUCAUCUCAUAUGUAUAUACUGUGUUCUACUAUACACUGCUCAAAAAAAUUAAGGGAACACUUAAACAACACAA